GUGAGUGACCACUCCGUUUUUGCGCUGCUCAACAAUACAAUGUCCUCCGGGACAAGCCUUCUUUAUCUGCGCCACGGAUUCAGCGUGUCGGAACACAGCGUGUUGCGCGUGGUGGGGAACGGCGGCUCCGUGUCCAACGCCGUGUAUUCACUAAGCUUUUUUACCGUCCGCCAUUCAAGCUGGUUGGAUUGGCGCGACAACGACGUGGGUGUGGGUGCGAUGUUUCAUUACUCCAUAAUAACUACUGUGAACAUCGACGGCAGCAGUGUGGUGACGCUGGCGGGCUGCACGAUGGGCUCGACGGGGUUGUCGGUAUCUCUUCUAUCGCAGGCUGUCGCCGGCUACCGGUUCUUUGCUGGGUGUCUUAUUGUCGCGGGACGUGUGGUGACGACGGCGGCAGAACUGGCGCUCCACGGCAUCACCAACGUGACGACGGUUGCUGCGUGCGGGGAGUGCACGAAGGACGGCGACUGCUUUGCACCGCUGACGACGGCGGUCGUUGACUGCAAGUGCCAGUGCGCUGCUGGAGGGCACGGCGAUGUGUGCGCCCCGGCGCCUGUGCCUGCUGGCCCGCCACCACCGCCACCAACAACACCACCACCAGCAACACCCACGCCGCCACCGCCGCUGGUUGGUGAGUGCAUCAGCGACAUGGUGUACCCCGAGGUUGCGCAGGCCGUGGGCAGCGGGCUGUCGUGGCUGUGCUACCGCAACGUGACGUUCAGCGGGGUCGGCAUGAGCCUGACGGUGCUGCUUGGGGGGAUGACGGGCGACGUGGCGAAUGUCACGUUCGAUGGAUGCACGUGGAGGGACGGCGCCGUGCUAUUGCUGUUGGGCAACGUGCACGCCGCUGUGGGGGCGCUGAACAUUGUUGUCACCGGCAACACGUUCCAUGACGCGCUGCUUAGCCCGGAGGGCGUGUUUCCACCGCGCACGAACAUCACGAUCAGCGGGAACCGCUUCACUGUCACGAGGCUGGUCCCUCGGUUGGGUUUGGUCCUUAGGAAGCCGUCGUGUGUUGCGAUGAAUGGACUGGUGAUCAGCAACGACUCCGCGGUGGUGCUGAGCGGCAAUGUGUUUCAGAGCGUGACGGCAUCGUCAAGCGCCAUUUACGUUGUCAGAUCUGCGCUGAGGGUGUCGUGGCACUCCGUGUUUGCGGUGUUAGGCAACACGUUUCAUAUGGCUGGCGGUGAUGUUACGCUGAUAUAUCUUAAAGGACCUAGCCAGUCCUUGUCGCUGAGUGUACUGAACAACUCUGCCGUGGUGAUUCGAGGCAACGCUGUGUCGAGGCCGGUGAAGUGCUUCGUGUUACUUAUUUGGGCUUUGCGUGUGGAGUCCCAAUCCGCGGUUGUGUUUCAGGGCAACGACAUGCAGGGAAGCUCGGUUGUGUUUUAUUCAAGCGACUCCUCCAACAUCUACUACAACUCCUGGCUGCAGUUGAGCGGCAACCUCUGCCGUGAAUCCCCAUCGGAUGCGUUUGCAUUUCUUUAUCCCAAAGUGAAUCUCCGCGACUCCACGGUGUCUGUGUCCCGCAACCAAUUCAUUUCUAGCACGGAAACGUCGACAAUGCUGCUGAUACCUAAAAGUUCCCGCGAUAUCACAAACGGAGCGAUUGUGGCCGCGUGCAACACUGUGAACGGCGAGGAGGAGGCGAACUACGCCAUUCCGUCCGUGUACAAUGCCACUAUCCUGAGCUGCAGCGACCCAUGCGCCCUUGCGGCGUCGUGCUUCCCUGCGUACACGACGACGGCCUCGAGUGAUGGCUGCGCCUGCACGUGCGCGGAGGGCGGCCAUGGCGAUGCGUGCCUGCCCGUUGCUGUCCCCGAGCCACCGAGCACCGACGGCGCUGACUUGUGCGUGCGUGACGUGCGUGUGGAUGUGGAGGUGAACGCCGGUCUCGGGACGUCGGUAGCGUGCUACGUUGGUGUGACCUUUGCGGCGGACGUCGUGGUGGACGUGGAGUCGAUGUCAGGGAGCGUGCGCAAAGUGACGCUGGCGGACUGCACGUUUGUGCGCGGAGCGAGCCUGUACGUUGUUGGGUGGCGUUCCGACCCGCCUGCUGGACAGCGCGCCGAUGUGUUGAUCAGCGGGCUUGAGUCGCGCUCCGGCGGCGGCGUGCUGGUGGCGAACCGAUUUCCGCCGGGCUCGCGCGUCACUGUGGUGGACUCGGUGCUGAUCGCAGAGAAGCGCGUUGCGUACCGCGGCGCCUACGGCCUUGGCGACGCGUCCGCGUGCCUCGUGCUGCACAACGUGAAUCUGACUGGGAGCGUGCUGACCAUCGCGCGCACGCAUGUGGCGGCUGUGUUCGGCGACGCUGUUGGCGUGUUGUUUGUUGGCGGCGUGGCGCUGUCGUCGCGCGGAGCGCUGUACGUGGACGGGCUGUUGGUGCAGACGGCGCUGGGGCUGUGCGUGUCGGUGGAGGGCGGUGUUGCGGCCAGCGGCGGCUCCGUGGUGGCGUUUGUUGACAGCGGCUUCCUGCUGUGCAAGCACGCGGUGUAUGUGCGUGGGGCUGUGAGCGUGUCGGGCUCCGCUGUGGCGUUUGUGCGGAGCGACUUUUUGUCGACGGAGGACUACGCGGUGGCGUUCUAUUCGACGGUGAGCCUGGCCGGCGGGUCGAUGCUGCUGGCGAAGGGCAACGUGCACGACGGCGUCUUGAGGGAGAUGCUCCACGCCGCUGGCGCCGUGACCGCUGCUGGGAGCACGCUGAGCUUUGUGCGCAACCGAGCGCUGCUGCCACGGAUGCUGUCGCUGAGCCUGUCGCUUGUAGCUGGGGCGCAUUUGAGGGUGGCGUGCAACGACGCUGGUGGCCGUGUCCUGUCGACGGCGGAGGAGUACGCAGCGGCUGGUUUUGGCGACGCUGGGAGCAUCGACUUUGCUGGGUGCGACGCCUGCGAAAGGGACACGCACUGCUACGCGCCUGGGACGGCGUCUGCGAGCAUGAGGAACGGUGUGUGCGUGUGCGCGUGCGGCAGCGGCGGGCACGGCGAGGCGUGCAUGCCUGUGGGAGCUCCCGCACUGCCGCCCGCUGUGGGCACUGCGUCGAGUGUGUUUGUCCGCGAGGGCGUGACGGUGCGGUCGGUGUUCGUUGUGCCUGCCGGUGCGAGCGAGGUGACGCUGCGCCACGUUGUGCUGGACGGCGUGAGUCCUGUGCUCUACGUGCCGUGGAUGGCGCGGGACGGCGUGCGGAUCGUUUUGCAGAACGUGUCGCUGCUGAACGGCGCUGUGCUGUACGUGAUGGGCGGAGGAGCGCUGCGCGGUGCGGCGGGGAGCGACGAGAGCGGGCCGGUGGAGCUGUCCGUGUGCGACGUGGAGGCGCUGAACGGUGCGCUUGUGCUGACCGGCACGUUUCCCGCGGGGUCUGUGCUGACGGUGACGGACACCCUGCUGGUUGCCGCGAGGCCGACGCCGCUUGUGUAUCUUCCCGGCUCGCAGUCCUCGCCGUACGCACCGGUGCUGGUACUGUCGGGCCUGCGGCUUGUGCGGUCCGUGCUGGUUGUGUUCGGCGUUGCUCUCGUGACGGUGAUGACUGGUGGGCGGACGGUGGUGGUGGACGGCGCUGUGCUGGAGCUUGUUGGUGGCGGUGUCGCGCUGGACGCGGCUGUGCUCGGUGGCGAAUAUGCGUUGUACGCGAGUGCGCGCGUGGUUGCGUCGGGGGGCGCUGUGCUGCGCGUGUCGGGGAGCCAGGUGUACGCCGCGCAUGGGUUGGUGUUUGGCAGCGGUGUGGAGGCCAACGCGUCCGCCGUCGUGGUGAACGACAACGCCGGUGCGCUGACCGAUGGCGCGCUGCUGGUGCUGCGGGGGUUGGCGUCGUUUGUUUCCGGGUCGUGGCUGUCGGUGCGCGGCAACAGCAUCAGCGGCAGGCUCCUGUCUGUGCCGUCGUACCCGCGCCGUGCGGAGCUUGUGCAGAGCACACUGACACUCUAUGGGAACGCUGGCAGCGGGCCCGUCGUGAUGGACGGCACCGUUGCGCUUGUAGGCACCGGCCGAAGGUUCGUCGUGGGGUGCCUGACGCUGAACGGGCAGGCGGUGCAGCCGAUGGACUACAGGUCCGCCGGCAUCAUCGGGGAAUUCCGCCCCGUGGCGUGUGGCGUGUGCGACGCCGACGUGCGCUGCUUUGCAGCUGCGACGAGGGCGAUGUCGGGGUCGUGUCGCUGCCGCUGUGCUGAGGGCGGGUACGGGCGCGACUGCCUGCCGGUGUACCUGCCGCACGUGGACGGGUGCAACCGCACGCCCGGCAUGCCGCUGGUGAGCCACACGGCGACGCUGACGGAGACGCGCAGCCUGACUUCAACGUGGACGCCAACGCCGACACCAACACCGAGCCUGAGCACGGCGCACUACAGUCCGACGCAGCACGGGCCGACGGAGACACUGCAGGUGACGGAGACGGUGGCGCUGUCGCCCACGCGGACGCCGACGGCGUCGGUGAGCAGCACGCUGUGGUGGAGCGACGUGGCGUGCCCGACGCUUACCGUGACGACGACGGCGGCUGGUGGGAGCCUGACGCAGAGCGACAUUCGCGGCGGUGGGAGCGUCGUCCCGGCGCGGCUGAUGGUGGCGCUGCCGCCGCCGUUUCGGUGGGCACGCGACCCGCAGCUCGGCACGCACCUGGGCUUCGUGCCGGUGUCGACGGCGCAGCCGCGCGGGUUCGGCGGUCCGUGGGGAGCGAUGCUGCGCAACGCGACGAAUCCGUCCACCGUCCUGGAGCUGGCUGUGCCCGUGCACCGCGGUUACUUCAUUGCAGCCGACGAGACGAUAGUCAUUCGCUGCGACGCUGCGGCGGUGUUCGGCGGCUGCAAGGGUGUGCUGCUUGGGUCCUUCACGAUCAGGUCGGACACGCUGCCCGCCGCUGCCAGCGCCCUCUCGGCAAUCACCGGCGUUGUUGCGGGUUCGGCGGCUGUUGCCGUGGUGGUGACUGGCGGGCUGGGCUCCAUCCUGGAGAUGCAGGCGCUCGGCGUGUUGGCGAGGAUGCCAUGCGCCUCGGCGCAGGAGCGUGCGAGCACCGUUGCGCUGCCGUACUUCCUGUCGGUGUUCGCUGCCCUUGACCCGCUGUGGAUGGUGGUGGGCAACGCGCUGCUGGCCGCAGUGUUCGGGUGCGUGCACUGCGGUGUGACGGCGGCCUUCCAGCGGUGGCGCGGCGUGGACGCUGCGAGUGCGUGGGCGGCGAUGCGCCUCCCGAGCCUGACGUACGUCGUGGCGCACGCGAUGCACCUCGGCAUAUUCUUUGGCUCCGUGCUUGCACUGGCGAUGCCCGGCGCCCGCGUGCAGCACCGCGUGAUCGGUGUCGUUUGUGUGCUGUACGGUGUGGCGUUCCCUGCUGGCGUGUGCUACUUGAUUGCCCGCCACGUGGGCGCGAGCUUCACGAGGUACUGGCAGUUUUUGAGGAAGCCGUUGCACGAGCGCCUGCUGUACCCUGUCGGGUAUUGGCACCCCACGGCGCAGCAGCGGAUGUACGGCGGCAUGCUGACGAACAUGAGGGGCAGCCGCGUGUACUGGUGCGUGUUCCAGCUGUCGGUGCUGUGUGUGGUGUGCCUGAUUGCUGCUGUGCACCCGCCCGUGGGAGGCUGCCACGUCCAGUACUUCUGCAUGGCGGCUGUGCUGCUUGCGGGUGCGGGCGUGAUUGCCUUCACGAACAUGAUGCGCUCGGCCUUCCUGACGGUGAUGCACACUGCGGGCUUUGUGCUCCUUGCGGUGCUGUGCGUGGUGAGCGCGGCCAACCAUCUUGCGCCGAGCGACGGCGGUGCGAGGGCGUACGCGGCGAUCGUGCUGCUGCUGACGACUGUGCUGCUUUUGGCGACUGUGUACUGCGUGGUUGUGUGGUACGCGGAGGACCGCCACUGGCAGGAGUUGCGCGAGCCGCGGCGUGGAGGGCUGGAGGCGCUGCUGCGCGAUGACGAGGAGAGCGACGAGACGCAGAAGCUCCACGACAUGACGUCAUCGUCGUACGCCUCAGGCACCACCGCUGCGUCGUCGUACCGACCACCCGCACCGCCGUUGCAGUCUGUGACCGGUGACACCCGCUCAGUCGCUCUGAGCUUGUUCGACGGUGCAUCCAUUGCGAGCUGA